AUGGACUCGGCGCUUUGCACACCCCACUUCGCGCCCCACUUCGCGUCCGCUUCACGACGCGCCGCCGGCGCGAUGUCACACGCGCUCGUCUCGCGCGUCGAUCGCGCGUUCACUCGAUGCGCGGCUAAAACGCGAACGAACGUCCGACACGUUCGCUCGAACUGGAUAAAGCGCCGAGAGUGUCUCGCUCGAGCCAUUUCGCUCGACGCCGUCGCCAGCGCCUCGCACACGGCGCCUCUACCGCUCCUGCGCGACGACGUACGGUAUAAUCACGUGUCCCCGGGGGUGUGCGACGCGUGCGAGCGCUCGAGCGCGGCGAGAGAGGCGUGGGUGAAGCUGUUGGUGGGUCAGUUUCCUUCGCACGCGGCAAACAUCGAGCGCACGAGGGCGUACUUGAGAGAAGAUGAAUCGUACGUCGAGAGGUACGAGCGAUUCGAAAAAGUGUACGAGGAAUACUUGAAUAAGGUGAUCGAGGCCGACAGUGGGGUGGCGAGCGGGCGAGGGGUCGGAGACACGCUUAUGGACAUGGUGGAGGAGAAGGAGCGCCUGUUACGUUCGUGCGGUUUGGAGGAUAUGUUUUUAGGAUUAAAGGCGAGUGAAAACGAGAUAUGUCUGGCGCUGUAUCCGGAGAUGUGUCGCGCAGUGGAUGCGGAGAGCGACGCGCGGUCGCGAACGCGGUUGGUGUUGGAGGCGGCAUUGGCGGGUAAUUUAUUUGACGCAGGCGCGGCGGCGGCAGUGCAAAACGUUGCCUUUUGCGACGUCGAGCAGGUGACGUGCGAGUUUCCGGAGGAUGAGCAGACCAAGUUCACCUUGGACGCGGCGCAGCUCUUCGCAACGUUCGCCAAGGCACAGGAAAAGGUCGUGAGACCGGAGGGUGGGUGGAAAUUUGAUAGUUUUGACGACAUCGACGCCCGCAUGCGUGGCGAGACGCCAUGGAAGCGUGUGUUGAUUUUCUGCGAUAACGCGGGGGCGGAUACGAUGGGGAUGGUUCUUCUGGCGAGACAUCUCACCUCGAUGAGUAGCGAUACCGUUGUUGCCCUCGCGGCGAACUCAACGGCUGCUCUGAACGACAUUACGUACGACGAGCUGAGCGACUUUGUGUCUUCGUGCGUUCAAUCAGACGACGUUCUUCGCGAUCUCGUCGGCGCUGGUCGCGUGGUCUGCCUCCCAUCCGGCGCCACGUCUACAUUACUCGAUCUAUCCAGAGUCUCCUCCGAACUCGCCGCUCACGUCAACGACGCCGACGUCCUCCCGAACGAUUGGCUCAUCGUCCUCGACGGCAUGGGCCGCUCGCUCGAGUCGAACUGGAACGCCUUCUCCUACAUGACCCCAGGAGUGGACGUCCUCUCCCUUGCGAUGGUGAAGAGUGAGAUCAACGCAGAGCGUCUCGGCGCCGAGGUCUACGACUGCGUCGUCCGUCUCAACACCGCUACAUAA